ACGUCAUGAUUGUAGAUAAGGAAGUCAAAAUACAUACUGAGGAUAAAACGCAAAAUUCGCUCACAAAAUGACGAUAUUUAAAGCUAAGACGGGGGAAAAAAAGCCUGAUACUAAAUAUGUGGCACCUCCAGCAGUCCCAGAUGGUGUGUCCGAAUCAGAUGCCAACGCGGCCAAUGUAUACAUCGCCCGACGACGACGAUCGCGGAUGACCAACACAUGCAUCCUUCUUGGAGUCUUACUCAUUCUGGGUAUCGGCAUUGCGGGUGGAAUAUACCUUUAUAAACACUUUGUUCGAGGGUCGUACACAGCAUGGUGUGGAGUUAAAUACACUGACCAGUUCCAACGGGAGGCGACCAAAGGGGGCUAUUCAGAUGCCUUCAUGGAAGAGCACGUCGAGAUAGAUAGAGAUGGAAAUUAUGAAAAAAUCGAAGUGCCAAAAUUCGAUAUUUGUUCUGAUGCUGUGAUCCUACAUGACUUUUUCAAGAAUCUAACAGCCGUAAUAGAUCGCGAUCGCAACCGAUGUUUCGUGAUGCCACUCAACAGAACGGAGGUGAUCCCGCCAACUGAUUUCUGGGAUCUUAUCACCAAGAUGAGGAGUGGUUACUACAUGCCCAGUUCCAGCCUUGUUCGUCACCACUACAAAGUCAUGCAGCCUCCCGUACAAGACCUCACCGACUUUGGCCCUUACAUCAGGGCAGAAUGCCGGGCCUACGACACGUACCGUCUCAAGAAGAUGCGACGACACACCUUCAGGUUUGGCCGAAAAUUCCACAGAUCAGGGCGCCACAGGAGGAGUGCAGGAGCUGAAUGUAUCGAUUACCAGAACUACGCCGGCAAGAACAUGGCAUUAUAUGACAUAUGCUUUACCUAAGGAAUGGAACAAUUUGAAUGUGCCCGCACAUGGCGGGGCAAUGCAGUAAACUCAUUUUAGGGUUAGGAUGGACCCGGAUGGGUGUUUGUACAAAAGUAAUUUGAAACCAUCAGGCAAAUUGGCUAAUCGUAUGCUUUUUUACCAAAGAGAAGUUCACCCGAAGUUGAUUCGUUAGGGGAGGGAGGAAGUUGAGUACGUUUUGACUCAUUACCUCUGGGUGAACGAAGCUGAGGUUGAUUCAAUUUUUGAACUGGACUGCUAGGGUCCAGUCUAUGAUUGCUUCAAAUGAACUUUUCUUGAAAAGAUAAGGCCAGUUUAUGAACUAAAAAUAGCAUUUUUCUCCAAUCAUUCUACUCUUCAGCUGUCAGAUAAUGUGUGCCUAAUCAAUACACUUGAUGGUUAUGAUCAAAACUUUAUUGCUUGGAGAAGAUGCCAUCACGUUUUCAAAUAAUGAGAUUUUAAAACAUUUUAAGGGUGUAGUUUUUCGCUUGACUGCUGGCCUAGUUUUAUUGCAACUGACCCUGUAUUAUCUUUUUGAGGUGGUUCUAACUCUGACCUUGUAUAAUGCUUUCAUAAACCAACUGUCUCGGACUACUACACUGGACUUGACCUUGUCCCCUUGACCACGCACGUGACUGGGGUGAAGUUAGAUUGCGUAGUAAUCCGGGAAAGUGUCACAUUGGAUGUUAUUGAUUGGAACUUGUUAAUUAUUAGAUUAAAAAUGAGCAAUAAUUGUUAAAGAAACCGAGACAUAACAAUAAUGUGUUCAGAUCAACCACAAGCUGUAGACAUGUUUUUAAGUUGAUUUUGCCCCCAAAUCUUCACUGGUAGCUCAGGUUUAGUGUGGAAACAUCACUUGUUUCUGUUGAACUGCACCGAAUUGUCAGUACAUUUCAAUUUGAGAUACUCAAGGUGAUUUCUUUGCCAUUUUUGGGAACUUUUAGACCGGUCAUACACUGCUGGUGUUACUGUGAAAAUAUGAAUCAUGAUGACCCAAAUCUUGAUGGUUUCCUCUUCUUUUAUUAACUAGUUUGUGGUAUGUGUUUUUACUAGCAGCUUAGUGUUCAUCUGUGUUGAAGGGACAUGGGAGACUAAUAUCUCUUUGCAGUCCAGUUGCUCGUCUGAUUGUCAUGCUUUUAAACUGCACUUUUUAAUUAGAUUUGCCACAUCUUUUGCCAGCAGUAUCUGCCAUGAAGACGGUUUAAUAAGAGACAAACACUUUAUUUUAUUUGAGUUUUGGAUGAUUUUAUCUCUGUUAGAUUCUUUUAAUUUUAACUAGUUCCAACUUGUAUCAUCCUGUGUUUGUAAAUAUAUGAUUUAUCAAUUCAUACUUGAUUUUACCAUUCAUGUAAAUUUGCACGAAAUAACUGUUUACAGGCACUGCAUCAGAUUAAGAAGAGAUGAGAUAUAUGUCUAACCUACAUGUUUGUUGUUGUCUGAAGUGUAAUGUACAAUGGCACUGUAAAGCAACAGGGGGUAACAAAGGUAUUCCUGCUAGGAAUGCCUCAAUUUAAUAUGGGAAAUAAGCAGUCUAUUUUUGGUACACCCUGUAUAAAAUGUUGUCGACUGGCUUCUUGGUAUCUAAUCAUUUAGCAUAUUCAUGCUUGUUUUAUUCAAACCGCUUCUAAGAGAAAGAGUUUAUGUGAUUGUGAAGUCCCCAGGCUAAGAUAAGAGAAUUGUUGUUUUGGAAAUCACAAUUGAUUUACAUGGUAUGAAGCAUGGUAUAUUUAGUUGUUUAAAUUUCAUCCACAAAAGUGUUGAAUCAAAUCUGUAAUUAUUGUAUGGCUCUAUGAAAAUAGCCAAUUGGUUUGUACGGGUUUCAAGUUAAUUUUUUGCUGUUCCUCAAUUUUUUUGCAUCCAUCCUCAAACGUGAAAGACGCACAAGAUUGUGGAUUAAUGUUUGUUGGACAUUUUCAGCGUUGGACUAGGUAAUUGUAUUUACUGCACUGAAUAAUCUUUUUUAUGGUCAGAGACAGGUGUUGCAUAAGGGAGGCUGACUUGGUGUUAAACCUCGUUGACUCAAAUGAAGGAUUGCUAAUUGGAUGGAACUCCGCACCAAGGAGGAGAACGGGUCUCACCAUAUCUGUAAUGUCUGUCUUUGUUAAUUCAUGAGAUGAAGAAGUGGGUUUUGUUGCUCGGAGUUUGAGUAUUAUUAAAGGUGUAAUGAUAGAGUAGACCUUCAUUUGUAUGUUCUUUUUUGCCUAAACAUUACUGACAUUUAUUUGCAGCCAAUGAAAGGUAAUGCAAACAAAGAAUGAAGUGCAACAAUUUUGAUAAAUGUUUAAAAAAAGACUUUGUUUCUGAAAAUGUGUAAUCAGUCAUGAGCUGUCGUGUCUUUUCUGGGUUUACUAUCACUUCUGAUGUGAUAUAUCCCAUUUCAAAGCAGAUGCCCAAAAUAGAGAGACACAACAGCUCCAACCAAGUUGGUUUUAUCUCAAACUUUUUACAUUCAAUGUCCGCUUGACUGCGUAAUUUAUGAACGACCUCACUUGAUUUUAAUUCAUACUGAAUGAUCCAACUCUAUCCAGACUCUACCCCUGUAUUUUAAUAAUCAUGUGGAUGUCAUAUAUUAUAAUAUGAUAAUAAAAUGUAAUCUGUAAUUAA